UAUUAAUAAGGAGGUUAACUAAGUGAACGAUGACUAAUCGUACAGAUCCAGACUUGGGUCCCAAAAAUAUCAAUGGAUUACAGACGAGGUCUGUUGUCUUACAGCUUACUUCCGUCUUAACUGCUUCCCUGUUAGCACUUAAUUCUGGUGUAAACUUUGGGUGGCCAUCACCGUCACUACUGCACCUGUUAUCGGACAAUAGUGACUUUAACGUUUCUGAAGAAACUACAUCUUACUUAGUGAUGUUAUCACCUGCAGCAAUGUGUGUGGGUAGUCCAAUUGGUGGAACGCUCAUCGACAAAAUUGGAAGAAAGCAUACACUGCUACUUUUGGCUAUUUUGCAAAUCGUUUCGUGGGUAUGUGUGGGAGUAUCAUCACAAGUGCCCCUACUUUUUCUCGGAAGAAUACUCGCAGGCAUGUCUGACGGAGUGCUAGGUAGCUCAUUACCCGUGUACGUUUGUGAGAUUUUGCAACCACGAAUUAGGGGUUAUUUCGGAAGCAUGCCGACAUUUGGAAUUUGUUUGGGAUCUCUCCUUAUAAACAUUUAUGGAUCGUUUAAGUCUGUUCGGCUGGCAGCGUAUAUUUCGAUCUUAUUUCCUUCGUUAUUUAUUAUCAUCUUUGUUACCGUUCCGGAAUCGCCUUAUUAUCUUCUAAUGAAGAAUCGUGUCGAUGAUGCGCGAAAGUCUUUGAAAAAAUUACGAAACUCCGACGAGGUAGAGACGGAAUUGGUACAAAUGUCCUUGGAGGUUGGCGGCGAAGGUUCUGAACCUGGAAAAUUUAAAGACAUUUUCACAGUACCAACAAAUUUGAAAGCCUGCCUAUUAUUACUCUGUAUCCGAACCCUACAGCAGUACUCUGGAUUGAGCGCUUUGGGAUUUUACAAUCAGGUCAUCUUCAAAGAAGCUAACAGUGAAUUCUCUCCAGAAAUCGGCUCUAUUACUUGUGGAGUCGUAAAGCUUAUAUCGGGGGGUGUGGGGUUGAUUAUGGUUGAACGAAUAGGAAGAAGGUGGUUACUCAUAUGCAGCAUGGGAAGUAGUAGUAUUAUCUUGAUAUUAUUAGGACUCUAUUUUAGCUUUCACGAAAACCUUGGAAAGUCAAAGUUAGUAUCGCUGUUACCAAUAAUACUUAUGUUAAUGUUCUUUUUCGUAAAUUCGGCCGGUUGCAUGAUUGUUCCAAAUUUAAUUGUAGGCGAGAUACUCUCGGUUAAAAUCAAAGGUUCCGUAUUGGGCAUAGUAAAUAUGUACACUGGAAUAGCUACGGGUACUUCGUCAAAGUUGUUUCAAUUUUUGGCCCGUACCUUUCAAAUGCAGACUCCUUUUUAUACUUUUGGGGUAAUUUGUAUUGUGGGUGUCUCAUUUAUUUAUCUAUGUCUACCGGAGACUAAAGGAAAGACCUUUGGUGAGAUUCAGGAGAUUCUUAAAGGUAAACAAAGAGAGAAAAUGCGUACCAUUUAUAUUUAUAAACUAUAAGUCAUUGCAAUAUUAUAGCGUUGCUGUGAUUAUUAAAAAUUAUUUAGAUAUUGGUGUGUGCAUUAGUUAGAUGUUAUUAACUGUUUGUGGUAAAUAUUACUUUUUUAAUAAAUCCAAGGCAUGUAACUAAAUAGUUUGCUGUCUUCUGCUACAUAUUGAAGUGAUUGCACUGAUUGCAGGGCAUUUUUUUGUCGUUCGAGAACUCGCACAAACUAAAACAGAAGUACCAUCCGCGAAUAGCCUUAUGAGUUCAUUAUCCAAAUGAAUCACGUGAAUUAUUGUUUAAAUAUACGACAAACACUGUGACCCCAAGAUACUUCUUUGUGGAACGCCCAUGGUAACGUCUCUAAACGACGAAAAAUAAGCAGUAGCAUCUGAGACCAACCUAACUUGAUGCCU